UCGUGAUCGAAUCGAAGAAUUCCCAGGGGAAAAGACUUUUUAAAGUCUUAAAAGACUGGAAGGUGGACUAUAUGAAUGUUCAUUAAAGUCACAAUUGAUAGAGGUAAGCUACUGGUGAUCUUUAUUUUCCUUAAAAUCUAAGUAGCAUAAUUUCGGUGACAGAGAGCAUAAUUUUCAGAAAGUAGCAUAAUUUUGGCAUAAUUUCUAAAACAUAUGAGCACUGCUAAAAGCAUAAUAUACUUUUUUUUCGGGCACAAUCUACCAAAGCCUAGGCCAAAUGGUACAGAAAUUUCCUGGUAGAGUUGCUGAAUUCCCAAAAAUCGAACCAUUCAACCGAAAAUUACGGAAAUUCCAGGACGAAAAUGAAAUGGAACGGAAAUUUCCAGGAAAAUGUUUUCAAAAACCUGGGUGUACUUCAGAAGGUUGUCCUCUUUUUCGGAAAUUAUUUUGGCUACGAUCACAGCGAGUUGGACAUCGCACGCAAGGAUGACGGGGACGCGUAUUCGAAAAUGAAUUAAUAUUUUUUUCUUAAGUAUCUUGCUACUAAUUGUGUGUCGAUAAAUACUUGCUAGCUACAGCUAAAUGCGCCAAAAAAGCUUUUAGUUUCAAUAAAAAAAAUAGGUCCCCAUGGUGUACUUGUUUGUUUUGCAUAGGUUGGCUAAGAAAUGUACGAAGAUUUAUAACGCGUGCAGAGCCAUUGUGCCACUCAUUAACCCUUUGUUUUGCGACGUUUUCGCUGUCGUCGUUGUUUGUAUUUAAGGGUCCCUGUUGUUGUGGUCUAAAAGUCGAGAUGUCGACGUAUCAGUGUUUUGUUUGCUCCUAUCUUUGCGAUUUAAAUCUCGAAGUCAUUGAAUAAUUCCAAGCAAACAAAAGUGCUGGAGAGUCAGCCAUUUUCAAUUUUCCAGGGAAUAAUUGCGAAUGGAACGGGCUUAUUGUUUUCCACUCUGCUGCAGUCAACCGGAAAAUUCUGUUCCAUUCGCCCUAGGAAUUUUCCUGAAAAUCACAACGGAAUUUUUGGUCGGAUGGAAAGCGCGCCGCUCUAGGAAAUGUUUCCUAAUUGCUGCAAAAAGGAGGACAUUUGCGAGAGGUAUUUUCGAACUUGCAAACAUUUUUUCUUGGAGAAAGACAGCUUUUAAUGCAGUUUGGAAAUUCAACAGUUAACCGAUUUUCUGAAAACUUCCACAAGAAAUUUCCGCAACAUUCCUUCAUGUUCUCUAAAUUUCCGGAAGCGCCCCUCACUAGCUAAUUGUAGCCGCUACGUUCUUGCGUGACUCAGUUGGUUUAUAUUUAACGUCGAUCUCACGUUGCGAAAUUAUACAACCGGAAACACGCAGACUGGGAAACACGCAGACUGGGAAACACGUUCGUGGCACUAAAAGCUGCUUUAAGGUCCAAUAAUGCAGGUGUUAAUCAUAACUCAGCACACAUUUGCUGGCCGAGCAUAGUUCUUCCUAACCUUCAAAACAAACAGACUUGUUUGGUGAUAAUUCGACUUUACAUGUUACGGCGAGAGUGAAACCAUUCGGGAGAAAUCAUUUAGGAGAAAGAGACAAAAGACCAUUCCAGUUCGGAUUUGGACUUCUAAAGCAUGGCUUUGUUUGCAGUGGGAACCGUUUUCACCCUGCUUAUGGUGCUUCAAACACAUGUUGCAGUAGGAGGAGUUGCAACACCGAAACUUCAUCACCACAUGACGAAGAGAGAAAUUGAGUAUUUCUUUAAUGUAGAUGACCACGACAAAGUUCCCGAGUACCACUUGACUAGUCCGUACCAAUCGAACGACGCGGGAGACUUCGUGUCGUAUUCCUUGCAUCCAACUAGAGAAAAACGAAGUACUGGACGGGCAUUCGAUCAUUCCUUUUAUAAGCUGGAUGCAUUCGGAUCAAAACUUCACUUGAAACUGAAAAAGAAUGAGCACUUGAUGGCUCCGGGCAUGAAAGUUAGCAGGGAGAACAUUGACGGUACAGUGACGUCACAUCCAGCUACAGAAAACACAUUUUAUCUGGGGAAUGUCGUUUCUGAUCCCCAGUCCACGGUCGCAGUUAGGAACGACGGAGGUCUGACUGGUAUGGUGAAGACAUCACGAGACACACUUUUUGUGCAUCCUCUUCCCGAACAUUUGGCUAAACACGUGACCAGCAGCGAUGGUGCCACACCCCAUCUCGUGUACAGGCGAUCUUUUCGAGAGGACGAUGUCUCUUAUAAAGAUGAUGCCUUGUACCCAGAGAGUGAAGAUGAGGAAAAGAGCCGCUUGGGAAGAUCCUUGGACGCGGAAGAUUCCCGGAUUCCAGUUCCAAAAUUCAAAACCCUUAAAGUGGCAUUGAUGUGUCCGCCGUCUUUCGCUGCAAAAUAUAAUUCAGGAAAAUUGAAUGUUACUACGGGAGGUGUCGAAAGUUAUCUCCUUAUACUUGCCAAUAUAGUAGGUUCUGUUUUUGUGUUUAUUUUUAGGAUUACAUAGAAAUAAGCGAGGACCCUAGAAAUUAGGAAUUACUCUCCGCUUAUAUUUUCUUUGUUUGAAUUUUUGUCUUCUUUAAGAACCUUUUUUUACGAGAACGUCGAGCCUGAAGUUAAAUGAUUAAUUUGAAGAAUAUACUAAGAACACAUCCCAGUUAUCAGGGGAGGUUCAUUUUGACAAUACUAAAUUGGUUCUAAGCAGGGCAAUAACCAAAUGUUUUGGAGGAAAUUUUGAACAUAAACGUCGAGCUCGUGUUAUUGGAUGGUUCAUUGUCGUCGAACAUCUUCCUAUUUAUGAAUGAAACUUAAGAUACCUCACGUAAUAUAUCAAACGCGAGAGACAGUGCUUCAUCGGGAUAUCCAAACAGCGAGA